AUGCUCACUUCCCUCCUCCACAUAGUUUCCAUCCCAGAAAGCUUCGACUCAAGGUUCGUGGAGUCUCCAAGGACGCCUGUGGCCUCACAGGAUCCUCGGAUAACAACGCAGUACCUCACCAAGUAUGAGCGUGCCAGGGUACUGGGCACUCGGGCGCUGCAAAUCUCCUUGAACGCACCAGUCAUGGUGGAUGUCGGCACGGAAUCAGAUCCUUUGGAAAUUGCAUACAAGGAGCUGCGGGAAAAGAAGAUUCCCUUCACCAUCAGGCGUUACCUGCCCGACAACACCUACGAAGACUGGAGUCUGUCAGAGCUCCUCAUACAGGAGCAAUGA